ACAUAUAUAUAAAUGCAUUUUUUUUAGGAAAUAUGCCGAGAGCUAAACAUGUAGUUAAUGCCGAUUAUGUCGGUAAUGAUCAAGAGGACAUUCCUAUCGCUCAGCUUAGGAAGGAGUGGCGCAAAAAGAGGGUUAGAACCCUUUCGCCUCAACCAAUGGAAGCAGAAGUUCAGGAUGAGGUGGAGUUUGAGGGAGACUAUGGUCUGGAUGUUGGUAAGAAUCAGGAGCAGGAAUCCCAUGAUAGGGUGUCUUAUACUGAUAGUGCUUUGGAUAAGAUUGGACAAGCCAUGCAGACCCUGGCUGACCUUUUAACUGAGAGAGAGAAGGAGAAGGAUAAGAAUGCAUCUUCAACUUCCCAUACUGUGCAUGGGGUGAAAGUGCCAUUGUCAGAGUUCCUUAAGCUGGCACCUCCUACAUUUAAGGGUGUUGAUAACUCUGAGGAACCACAACAGUUUUUAGAUGCAGUAUGGCGUAGGUGUGAGGCCAUGGGUUGCACGGAUCAUCGUGCAGUGACUUUAGCAUCUUUCAGGCUAGAAGGAGAGGUGGCUGUGAACUGGUAUGAGUCCAAGAGGGGUGAAAGGGCAGUUAGUUCGCCACCGAUGGAGUGGAAGGAAUUUUCUGAGAUGUUUUUGGAACGUUUUCUACCUGAAAGUGUGAGGGAAGCCAGAUCAUAUGAGUUUGAAAAGUUGGUUCAGGGUGACUUGAGUGUGACAGAGUAUGAAGUGGAAUUCACACGGUUGUCCAGAUUUGCUGGGUAUUUGGUACCGACUGAGGAGAGGAAGAUUAAGAGGUUUGUUCGAGGUCUUAAUAGCUACUUAUUCAAAGCUAUUGGGGCUCAUGAGUUUAAGACGUACUCGGCCAUAGUGGAUCGUGCCCGAGCUAUUGAGGCACGAGAGUUAGAGGAUGAAUUAUCAGUGGGUUCGGUUAAGAGGCCCAAAGUGGCAAAUCAGUUCUCUUUUCAGCAGCGGUCUGAUACAGGUCCUAGCAGGGGACAUGGGGGCCGGCAGGGCCAAUUAAAUCAGUCAAGGAAUUUCUUGUCGAGGUCUAUUCUCAGGGGAAACAAUAGACAUAGUAUGAGUGGAGCUGGUCCGACUCAGAGCCGAGGUACUGUUCAGUUAACACCACAAGGUUCAGAUGGGAGGCCUCAAUGUCCGUCUUGUGGGUCUAGGCAUUAUGGCACAGUCUGUUAUAGGCAGACAGGAGCUUGUUUCGGUUGCGGGCAGACUGAUCACUUAUUGAGGGAUUGUCCGAACAAGUGGUGGUCCAAACCUGGUGCUUCACCGAUUACAUCUCCUACUCAGACUCAAUCAGCUAGCCAUUCUGUGUUUCAGGGUGGUCGUGGAGCUGGUGGGCGCGGCCAGCGGGGCCGUGGAGUAGGCGGUAGAGGUUUUGCGCCAGCAAGUCAGGGACAGGCACGAGUUUUUGCCAUUACUCAGCAAGAUGCCCAGACAUCCAAUAUUGUUGUCUCAGAGUCCUUUGUGUGUAGCUAUCCCUUCGGAUGA